AUGGCCCCAUCGGCCCACGUCUUUGUGUUCGAUAUGGGCGAAGGCACGACGCGCUUUUUCAUGAACAGAGCUGAUCCUUCCACAUUUGAGGAAGCUUUCACCCUCGAGCUGCGCAAGGACAAUGCGGGCCGUGAGUAUGUGGUCAAGGUUUUCCGUACUCCGAUACACCCGAUCACCGACCUCCAACUCCUGCUCCGCGUGAUAUCUGUCGUAGAAGUCGCGCGCGCGCUCCUGCGCUUUAGCCAUGGCAUCGGAGAAGGAUGGACACUUGCUGCUCGUGGCAUCGCGUGA